AUCACAGCCGCUUACCAAGGUUAUUUAUAUUUUUUAAAAAUACGCGCAAAUCGAAGAGUUGCCAGACCGUUGCUAGAGAGCGGAGACAACAUCGUCAGCACACUUGCGAUGAAAUAUCGAUAGGGCAGCAGCACAUGCAACUCUGCAUAAUAUAUCGAUGUGGUUCGUAUCGAUUAAUGGCAACAACCGAUGAGCAAGAAGAGGCAAUUUUUCGCAACGCGCAACAAAAUCGGUGUUAAAUUCAUAUAAAAAGUGUAAAAACCAUUUCACAAAUAGGCUCAAGAACAACCAAAUAUUGAAAAUGUGCAACAAAAUGUGAUGUUUGUUAUACAGAACAACCGCUACGCGGCCAAAUUGCUAAUGCAAAUCUGACCCAUGAGCAAUGAGAGAAGGAGAGAGCAAGAGAACAUAUAGCCAAGCACAGCGCGUCACUGAAAAAGUUCACGAAAUCAGCCAGCAACAGCAGCAGCAGCAGACGAGACUUUGAAGACGUUGGAAUUUGUGUUGAACCCGCGGCAGCCCGACGGCGCUGCGACUGCGACGGCGACGUACACCUCCAGCAGUCAGCAAUAACGUGAAACUGCGCGCAACAACAACAACAAUACAAAUAAAGAAGUGGGUGAGAGGAGGCAACAAUAAGAGCAAAACUGUGAUCUCUCGUCUGGCAAUUGUUCAAUUGGCUGUGCUUUGAAACGACAUAGAAUUUAUUUAAUACGCGUAUUUGUGUGCAUUACAAAUUGUUUGUUUAAUUUCCAACUGGAAAAUCAAUUUUUAACAUUGGCCAAGGCGGCCAAGCAGCAGCAGCAGCAGCAGUUGUUGUUGCUGGCGUCAGACCCAACCCAAAACAAAAAUUGAGCGUAAAACGAAGAGAGGGACACGAAGAAGAACAAGCAGCAGCCGGAUUUGCAAAAAAUCUGCAACGGACACACACACACACACACACCUCACACGAGAAUAGUGAGAGCGAGGGGGAAAAAGACAGUCGGAGAGAAUGGCGUACCGCAAGCCAACCGAUUUGGAUGGCUUCAUUCAACAGAUGCCAAAGGCGGAUAUGCGCGUCAAGGUGCAAUUGGCUGAGGAUCUGGUGACAUUCCUCAGCGACGACACCAAUUCAAUUGUCUGCACAGACAUGGGCUUCCUCAUUGACAAUCUGAUGCCGUGGCUGACGGGCAGCCACUUCAAGAUCGCACAAAAGUCACUCGAGGCCUUCUCGGAGCUGAUCAAGCGUCUGGGCAGCGACUUCAAUGCCUACACACAAACUGUGCUGCCCCACGUGAUCGAUCGCCUGGGCGAUAGCCGGGACACGGUGCGCGAGAAGGCGCAGCUGCUCUUGCGUGAUCUGAUGGAGCACAAAGUGCAAACGGCUCAAUCGUUAAUUGAUAAACUGGCCACCAGCUGCUUCAAGCACAAGAAUUCCAAAGUGCGCGAGGAGUUCCUGCAGACACUUGUCAAUGCCCUGCACGAAUAUGGAACGCAGCAGCUGAGCGUCCGGGUCUAUAUAAUGCCGGUCUGUGCACUGCUCGGCGAUCCCACGGUGAAUGUCCGCGAAGCGGCCAUACAGACGCUCGUGGAGAUAUACAAGCAUGUGGGGGAUCGCCUGCGGCCAGAUCUGAGGCGUAUCGAAGAUAUGCCCGCCUCCAAGCUGGCCCUGCUCGAGCAGAAGUUCGAUCAGGUCAAGCUGGAGGGUCUGCUGCUGCCCUCCGCCCUGCGCAAUUCCAAUGGCAAUGGCCUGGACGAGGCGGACAACAUUUCGCUGCGGGAUCGACCCACAAAAAUCGUGAAGCGACAAUUGCACUCGGCAACAACGACUACGCUGCGUCCAAAGCCAAGUGCCCACGAUAUGGCCGGCGAUGCUGGCGCCGUGACGAUGGACAAUUUUGAGGCCAGUUUUGAGCAGGUGCCGCAACUGACUAUAUUCCAUGCCAAGGACAUGGAUGAUAUAUUCAAGCAAAUAUUGUUAAUCAUAAGCGAUAAAAAUGCCGACUGGGAGAAGCGUGUGGAUGCCGUCAAGAAGGUCCGCUCAUUGCUGCUCAUCAAUUUUCAUGCACAGCCGCAAUUUAUGGCUGUGCAGCUGAAGGAACUAUCACUGGGCUUCCUGGACAUACUGAAGGAGGAGCUGCGCUCGCAGGUGAUACGCGAGGCGUGCAUCACAAUCGCGUACAUGUCCAAGACGUUGCGCAACAAACUGGACGCCUUCUGCUGGAGCAUACUCGAGCAGUUGAUCCAGCUCAUCCAGAACUCGGCCAAGGUGAUUGCAUCCGCCUCCACGCUGGCGCUCAAAUAUAUUAUCAAAUACACACAUGCGCCCAAGCUGCUGAAGAUCUACACGGACACGCUGCAGCAGUCCAAGUCGAAGGACAUACGCGCCACGCUCUGUGAGCUGAUGGUGCUGCUCUUCGAGGAGUGGCAGACCAAGGCGCUGGAACGGCACGCGAUCAUCUUUCGCGACACGCUCAAGAAGUCGCUCAGCGAUGCGGACAGCGAGGCGCGGCGGCACUCGCGCCUGGCCUACUGGGCGUUCCGACGACACUUUCCCGAGCUGGCUGAUCAUAUAUAUGGCAGCCUGGACAUAGCCGCACAGCGUGCGCUCGAGCGGGAGCGCGAUGGCGGCGCCUCGAAUGGCAGCAGCAGCAGCCAGCAGUCGUUGGAUUCGCGACGCACGGUGGCCACAUCGCGCAUUGGACGCACAACGACCGCAUUGCAGAAGCCGACGCCCAGCAUGCGCUCCAUUUCGGCGGUGGACACGGCAGCGGCACAGCGCGCCAAGGCACGUGCCCAAUACACGCUCUAUUCGCGCCAGAAGAAGCCGGCGGCGACGCUGCAGUCAUCAGCCGGCGGUGGCACAGCUGGCGGUGGCUCAUUGCCGCGCCCACGUCUCAAUUCGCAUAGCAACAGCGGCGGCGGCGGCGGGGGAGCCCACCAGACUGUCUCGCCGGGCACAGUGACGCCCAGCACACGGAUCGGACGCACACGCGCCGGCGUUUCGCAAUCGCAGCCCGGUUCGCGCUCCACCUCGCCCAGUACCAAGCUGCGCGAUCAUUAUGGCAUGGGCAGCUAUUACAGAGGCGUCGGCGGCAGCGGCGCCACAGGAGCCAUACCCAAGAAAGCAUCCGGCAUACCGCGCAGCACGGCCAGCUCCAGGGAGACGAGUCCCAAUCGCUUAGGCGGCGGCGGCAACGGUGGCGGCAUAAUGAAACGCAGCAUCUAUUCAACGGGUUCCAGUGCGAGACGCACACCCGAACGCAAUAAUCCUGUGCGCAGCACAGCCGCAUCACGUAUGCUGGCCCAAUCCCGCGAGGCGGAGCAGUCGCUGGGCAACAACGAUGCAGAGACACCGGACUUCGUGUCGGGGGACUUUAUGCGCACGGGCGGCAUACGCAUGGGCCGGAAGCUGCUGGGCCGGGACGAAUCCGACGAUAUUGACUCGGAGGCGAGCUCGGUCUGCUCGGAGCGUUCCUUUGACUCGAGCUAUACGCGCGGCAACAACUCCAUGUCCAACUACUCGCUGAGCGGCUCGCGCAAUCGUCUCGACUGGAAUAGCCAGCGGGCGCCGUUCGACGAUAUCGAGACGAUCAUACAGUACUGCGCCUCAACGCACUGGUCGGAGCGCAAGGAUGGCCUGAUCAGCCUCACCCAGUAUCUGGCCGAUGGCAAGGAGUUGACGCAACAGCAGCUGCAGUGUGUCCUGGACAUGUUUCGCAAAAUGUUUAUGGAUACGCACACUAAAGUCUACUCUUUGUUUUUAGAUACGGUCACCGAGCUCAUCUUGGUGCAUGCACCCGAGCUCCACGACUGGCUGUUCAUAUUGUUGACGCGCCUGUUCAAUAAGCUGGGCACCGAUCUGCUCAACUCGAUGCACAGCAAAAUAUGGAAGACACUGCAGGUGGUCCACGAGUACUUUCCGACACAGCUGCAGCUCAAGGAGCUGUUCCGCAUCAUCUCGGACAACACGCAGACGCCGACAACCAAGACACGCAUUGCCAUUUUACGUUUCCUCACCGAUCUGGUCAACACGUACGGCAAGAGCAGCGAUUUUCCCAGCGAUCAAACGCAGAGCUGCGAGCGAACCGUGCUCAAACUGGCCCAAAUGUCCGGCGAUCACAAAUCGAUUGAGCUGCGCUCACAGGCCCGCCUGUGCCUGGUGGCGCUCUACAAUCUGAAUACGCCGCAGAUGACCAAGAUGCUGGCCGCAUUGCCCAAGGGCUAUCAGGAUACGGCACGUCUGUGCAUCCAAUCGAAUCUACGGCGCCAGAGCAGCGGGGCCAAUUCGCCGAGCAGCUCACCGCUGAGCAGCAGCAGCCCGAAGCCGUUGCAGAGCCCCAGCGUUGGUCCGUUUGCCUCGCUCAAUAUGCACAUGAAUUCUAGUCCACGUUCGCGUCAGUCCUCUGUGGAGCAGGAGCUGCUCUAUGGCUGCUCCGAGCUGGAGGUGCAGCACAAUAUACAAAAGACCUCCGAGGAGAUACGUUCCUGCUUCGCUGGUGGCCAGUAUCAGUCGCUGGCGCCCAAUGGCUACAAUGGACACCAUCUGCAGUUCACCAUGGAUCAGCAGCAGCAGCAGCAUCAGCAGCAACAACAGUUGACAGCGCAGCAGGACUCGCUGUCGUCCAACUCGAAAACCCAAUCGUCGGCCAACACCACGCAAUCAAAUACACCGGAAUCGGCCACCAUGCGCUUGGACACGGCAGCUCCGGCCAUGCAACAGCCAGCGCCCAAAGUAUCACUGACUAUCGCCUCGAAUGGCGAACUGAUACUGCCCGGCAAUCUGCUCGAGAGCGAAGUGAUGCGCGUCGCCCUCACGCUCAACAAGGAUCAGCCCGUCGAUCAGCUGCAAACGGCGCUCAACAAUCUGGGCAUCUGCAUACGCGGCGGCAACUGCGAGCUGCCCAAUAAGCAUUUCAAAUCCAUAAUGCGCAUGCUCCUCCACAUGCUGGAGGCGGAGCACACGGAUGUGAUCAUCUCUGGCCUGCAUGUGCUGAGCAAAAUUGUGCGCAGCGACAAGAUGCGGCACAACUGGCUGAACUUCCUCGAGCUGAUUCUGCUGAAGAUCAUCAAUUGCUAUCAGCACAGCAAGGAGGCGCUGCGCGAGAUUGACACCAUGAUACCAAGACUGGCGCCAGCUCUGCCCUUGGAUCUGACCAUUAACAUUGUUAAUCCGGUGAUAGCGACGGGCGCCUUUCCGGCCAAUCUGUGCGCCAUCAAAAUACUGCUCGAGGUGACCGAACAGCAUGGCACCGAGAUCUCGGAUGCCCAUCUGGACGCUGUGUUCCCCAAUCUGGCACGUUCCGCUGAUGAUGUGCAGUCGAUGGUGCGCAAGGCGGCCGUCUUUUGCAUUGUCAAGCUGUAUCUUGUGCUCGGCGAGGAGAAGCUCAGUCCCAAGCUCUCAGCAAUGAAUCCCAGCAAGGUGCGUCUGCUGAAGGUGUACAUUGACAAGCAGCGCAACUCCAGCAAUUCGGGCGGUGGCUCCACAAAGAACUCCUCGGCGGGCUCCUCCUCAUGAUUGCGAGCCGCACACAAACAGAAAGACACCAGCGCGGCUUUGUCUCUUAGCUUAUGCAAAAAGUGAAAAGUUAAAAACAACAACAACAACAACAA